AUGAUUGAUGGUGAAUCGUCAACACAACUCGUUCGUGUUGAAUCCGAUCUUUCAAAGUGGUUGAAACAACAUGUAUCUGAAAUAGCAGAGGAUCGGAUAAGUAACCUUCCGGAUGAUUUGAUUGCCGACAAAAUCCUUUCUCGCUUUUUGGAUACGAGAUUCGUUAUUUCAACAUGUAUUAUUUCAAAAAGAUGGCAACAUCUUUGGAAAUAUGUUCCUUGUCUUCUUUUUAAUGAUAAAUCGUAUUGUAAGGCUGCAGAAGAAUCUUUUUUGGAUGUUGGUUUUAGUGAUCAAGCUUUUCUAGAGUUUUAUAAUGGGGUUAAUAUUACUCUUGGUCAAUAUCAAUUAGAAUAUAUGAAUAAGUUUUAUUUGGAUGCUAAUUACGAGACUAGGUUUGCUUCGCUUGUUGAAAGUUGGAUCGACUUUGCUGUUGGUAGGUAUGUUAAAGAUUUCACACUUUACUUGAGGCAUUUGGGAAAUGAUGAUACAUUCUCAAUUGAAAGUCAAUCAUUCUACAUGAAUUCCCAUUUGACAACUCUUGAUGUAAGAUAUUGCUUGUUUGAUCCUCAUGUUGGUAUUACCUGGAACAACCUUAAGGUUCUAACUAUAUCAUAUUCUAGAUUGGAAGAAGACUUGAUCCCAAAAAUUGUAUCUGGUAGUCCUUUGUUGGAGACUUUGACUCUUCGUUGCUAUCAUGGUUCAUUGAUUGAUAUCACAUCCCCUAGUGUUAAUAAUUUGAUAUUACUUGGAUAUGAGGCUGAUGAACUUGUAAACUUUGUUCAGAUCAAUGCACCUCAUAUUACAUUUCUUAAAAUUGUUGACUGUUUGUGGAUAUCAGCAAUUGUCUUUAGGAACUUCUCUUAUUUGCUUAAAGCAUACCUUAACUUUGACUUUCCCCAUUACUAUAAAAGAUUUCGAAAGAGGGAUGAAGAGAUUGUACUAGGUGAUGUUAUUACGAGUUUGCAGAAUGUGAAUGAAGUUAAAGUUGGGAUAAAUUGCCAUCCGACUAUACGUCGUUUGACUUCCAAAGGUUUUGUCCUUCCAUCCAACGUUGUCUGUGAAGGUGGUUCAUUAAUUUACCAUGCUGAUUUUGAUCUUGAUGUGGAAGGGUCGGAUUCAAAGUGA